UACUGAGAAUGCAGAUUGAAUACCAUUUUACUGAGAUUGUGUUUUGCUUUUCGUGUAUUGAUGUGAAUAUUGAUGUGUGUAUUGAUGUUUAUACAGGGCUCAUCUGUAAAAGUGACCUUGGUCUCAGCAUGACUCUCUGUCAAAACUCCCUGACAGAUUAAACUAAAUAAAAAUGGCCAACUUCUACCUUCUCAUGGGAAGUUCAUCUGGACAACUGCUAUGUUUACUACAGAGACAUUGUCUCUAGGUACAUCAAUUGGAGCAUUCCCAUCUCAACCAGACAUCAGUUAUAAGUGGCUAUCCCUUUCCAACAGCAAGGCUGGCCUGAGAUGUGUGGCAGCCCUGCUGUACCCCCCAGUAGUGCCACCUUGAGAGUGGUCAACGGGGUAGAGGCUGUGCCUCACUCCUGGCCCUGGCAAGUCUCCAUGCAGGCCAGUCCGUUUAAUCCCAUCCCCUACAUGCAUGGCUGUGGAGGCUCCCUGAUCCACAAGCAAUGGGUCCUGACGGCCGCUCACUGCUUCAUGGCGCCUCUGGGUAACCCCACCUAUUGGUGCAUGUGUCUGGGUAAACACCACAUGAACUCAUCCCGGGACCUCCCUUCCCAUGAGGCCUGCUACAAGGUGGACGGCAUCAUCAGGCACAAGGGCUUCGUGUACGAGCAGGACAAGACGGACAUCACUAACCACAUCGCCCUGGUGCAUUUCAGCUCUGAAGUCAACAUGACCAGGGAGAUUAGUCCCGUGUGUCUGCCGGCGCUCGGCGCCCUGACGCCUGCUGGGAAACCCUGCUACGUCACGGGGUGGGGCGACGAGAAAGGUAGCCUCUUCCCUGUUGUAUCUAAGAAGUUGAACCAGGCAGCCCUGCCCAUCGUCCCCUUUGCCACCUGCAGUAAGCCAGCCUACUGGUGGGACACCCUGAGACCCUCUAUGAUCUGUGCCGGACACGAGUCUCCAGACGAGCUCAAGUCAGCCUGCCAGGGUGACUCAGGUGGACCCUUCGCCUGCCAACCCUCAGUCUCAGACCCUUGGGAGGUCCACGGCAUCGUCAGCUUUGGCGCCUUCGGCUGUAUCAAGGACAAGAAACCCUCUGUGUUCACCAGAGUGUCCUCCUUCAACGACUGGAUCGAUGAUAACAUGAAGAGGUUCAUCUAUGAGAAGUCGUUAAACUAAAGCGAAAAUCACUGAUCUCAGAACUGUUGGGGGAUGUUGAUUUAGUUGCUACCUAACCACAGAUCUAGGAUCAGAUUAUAAUGACUCAUCUCAAAACUGUUUUGUCAGGUUGGAUAGUGUGGGUUGGAGUUGGAACCUAACCACAGAUCUAGGAUCAGAUUAGUUUAACCUGACGCAUAACAUGAUCUAUUAGGUAGGUGGGAAAUGAUCCAAUCCUGUUAGGGCAGAUUGAUCCUACCGUCUACACUCAUUAAGGUUUAACACUACAGUAUUUAUACACUGCAGGCCCCAUAUAUUUCAGUCAUUUAGCAGACGCUCUUACCCAGUGUGAUUUAUAGGAGCAAUUAGGGUUAAGUGCCUUGCUUAUGGGCACAUCGGCUGAUACAGUAUUUCACCUAGUCGGCUCGGGGUUUCAAACCUGGCCCAAUGCUCUUAGCCGCCAGGCUACCUGCCACUCCAGUAGGGAGGUCUAAUACACUGCUGCACCACAGUACCUUAUGGACAUUAGGAUUAUACUGUGUAUACCAGUACAGAUGAUUGAGUGAAUACUUUUCGCAUAAUGUCUGCAUAUCAAACUCCUAUUCUCACCACGUAGAAAUAUUGUAAGUAAUGUGAUCAUGAUUCAUAUUGCAAUUGCUUCCAUUCUGGAUCUUUGAAUAAAAUCCUUAUUUUGCAUAUUUU